UUUACGAACAAUUCCGACAAUUACCGAAUACUAAUUGCCUACAGGUUGGGAAUAUAUCGACUGAGCACCGCUAGCCAUUCCACAUUAACAUGCGCGAGAUGUCAUUGAUUCUUCGCGAGGUUUAACCAGAGAAGCAGAAGUGGGGCAUAAUUUGACCAUGCCGUCAAGAUGGCCACUUAAUCACGUGGCCAGACGGGUGCGAUACGAGUUAACUAGCCUCAAAAGGAUGAGAAAAAUAACCGAACAGACACGCAGCAAUUAUGUACCACCCUUUGAAGAAAUCUAAUUGUUACCGGUGUGUAUGAACACUCGCAGUCCCGGUCUUUAUUGGCGGGGGUAAAUAUUUGACUUGUCACCGGUAUGUUGGAGUGCCCUCUCAAAUGGCUUCGACAGACUGGGAGGGAAUGUUUUGAAGUUUCCUAAUUCUUUUUUUUCCUUUUUUUUUUUUUUGAUCUUCUGCUUUUUUGUACUGAGAACUGCGGUGUAUUUCUAAAUGUCGUGACUUUUCAUUUGAGAACUGGGAACAAGCUACAGUGAGCUCUCCAGUGAAACCGGCAGUCGUUGUUGACCAUGAUGGUGACGGUGAAAUGUGACGUCGUCGUGGUGUUGACAUUAGUACACCUAUCUGGACACACCUUUGCCGUUGAUUCGAGAUGUACGUCGGACAACGGUCUUAUUCCUGACCAAUCACGAUGCGACACGUUUCUGAUCUGCGUCCUCGGGGAAGUCCGGAGAUCGAUCACGUGUUCCGACGGACUCCUGUUUGACGUCAACGCGAGGAAAUGUAACUUCAAAGACAACGUCGACUGCGGCGGCAGAGCCAGAGACAUGCCAAAGACAAAACCCUGCGUUCCACGUCAGAUCACAGUCACUAUCGUCGCCGAGAACGACCAGGUGGAGCCUCGUUUCUCUAUUUCCACUUCCGUUACUGCGCCGAGUCAGAGUCUGCGCAACUUCCUGUUAAUGGCGGCUGGACAAAAUGAUGCAUUUAGAUUUAAAUCGCGGGACAUUGGUAAUUUCGGAGAGUUUGUGACGUCAAUCAAUGGCCUGGACUCCAACCCUGCAGCCCUGACGGCGUGGGUCCCCUUUCUGUUUUCUGGUGGACAGCUCAUGGAAGGAAUUAAAGCAACUGUUCCGUCCAUUGACUCAGUGUACCUGUUCAAGUUCUACUCAUUCCAGGACGGAUGCACGGACGAACAAUGCCAGGCCAUCAGCAGACAGUUUUUGUCGUAGACUACGAAACCCAUACAUACAGACGUGUAGAUCACAUUAAAUAAAAUUGACAAUAAACGAAUAAGUACAAGAGUAGUUUACUUCGUAUUUUUGGAUGAAUGUGAUAUGAUAGAAGAUGAUGGUAUCAGUCAAAUUGUUCACGAGCGCCAAACCUCCGGAACACAGCCGGUUCAUAGGCAUUUUCACACACACACAC